AUGAAUGUUGAAUGCAAGAUACAAUUUCAAUUGAAACUAAUAUGCAAUUUGGUUUGUUUCAGGUUCCUCGCUAUCUGGUGGCCCCUCAAAUGCCAGAUCACGAAGCGGCGAGCCAGAAUGAUGAUUUUCUUUAUCUGGGUAUUCGCAAUUGUCGUCACUGUACCCUGGGUAUUUUUCUUCGACCUGGUCGUCGUAUUUGAUGAGAGCCCCCACGUUCAUCUCUGUUUGGACGUCUGGCCCAAUCCCAUCAGUGAGGUCCUCUACUUUGUCAUCGGCAACCUUAUCUUCUGCUACAUACUCCCCAUGGUUCUUAUAACUAUGUGCUACAUUCUCAUUUGGAUCAAGGUCUGGCGUCGCUCCAUCCCCACCGAUACUCAGGACGCUCAAAUGGAAAGAAUGCAGCAAAAAUCAAAAGUUAAAGUUGUCAAAAUGCUCAUCGCCGUUGUCAUAUUAUUUGUCCUUUCCUGGUUUCCUCUAUACCUAAUCUUUGCAAGGAUCAAAUUGGGAGGACCUAUACAGAAAUGGGAGGCGGAAAUGUUACCCAUAGUCACACCACUAGCGCAAUGGUUGGGUUCAUCGAACUCUUGCAUAAAUCCGAUCUUGUACGCGUUCUUCAACAAGAAGUAUAGGAAAGGUUUCGUAGCGAUCGUCAAGAGUAGGAAAUGCUGUGGACGGCUCCGUUACUAUGAAACUAUUGCCCUGCAAUCAUCAAGUACGUCAACGAGGAAAUCGUGGCAUUACAAUAAUAACCACGCCUCAAUAAGUCGCCGCUCGCCGCCGGUUGACAAGAAUGCUGUGUCAUUCAUCUUCAACCACACUGGAGUUUAA